AUGAUCAACUCCGUUGCUCUUUUGGCUCUUGCCGCCAGCCCGGCCUUCGCCGGUGUUAUGCAGGCUCGUGGUGAGGACUUCGUCCGGCCCGCCGCUCAGAGCUCUGCUGCCGUUGCUCCCCACCAGGCCGAGGGUUGGGGUGAGAGCUGGUCCAAGCCCGCCGGUCACGUCUCGACCCACGAGUCCUGGACCCGUCCUACCGACUCCUGGACCAAGCCCGCCGAGUCCUGGACUACCCCCUGCACCACCUCUACCACCCCGGUGCAGACUCACUCCACCCCGACUCACACCCACACCACCCCGGAGCACACCCACACCAAGCCGGAGUCCACCCACACCAAGCCGGAGUCCACCCACACCAAGCCGGAGUCUACCCACACCAAGCCUCACUCCACCACCCCGUGCACCACCUCCACCAAGCCGGAGCACACCCCCACCCACCCGGGAACCACCAAGACCCUUACCAUUGUGACCACCACCUGCCCUGUCACCUCGUCUACUGUCACCUCUGGCUCUAAGACCUACACCAUCCCUGUCACCAACACCAACACCAUCACCAUCACCAAGACCACCGUCUGCACUCACUGCGAAAACGAGAAGCCUGUGACCUUCCACAACGCUACUCAGCCCGCAACCAGCGCCCCCGCCCAGGCCACCGGCACUGUCGUGAUCCCUCCCCAGAAGCCUGCCUCCUCCAAGCCCGUUGUGCCUGCCCAGCCUUCUGCCACUCAGCCCGCUGUGCCUGCCCAGUCUGAGCCCGCUGCCUCCAAGCCUGCUGCUUCCCAGCCCGCUGCUUCCCAGCCCGCUGCUUCCCAGCCCGCUGCCUCCCAGCCCGCUGCUGUCCAGCCUGCUGUCUCCCAGCCUGCUGUCGCCCAACCCGCUGUCUCCCAGCCCGCUGUCGCCCAGCCCGCUGCUUCCCAGCCCGCUGCCUCCCAACCCGCUGCUGUCCAGCCCGCUGCCUCCCAGCCCGCUGCUACCAAGCCUGCCGAGACUCAGCCCGCUACCCCUCAGGAGACCCAGCCUGCCCAGCCUUCCACUCCCGAGGAGUCUUCCACCCCCGCUACCCCUGAGCAGCCCGGUUCCUCCUCCACCCCCGGUACCUUCACCGGUGGUGCCUCCAACGUCCAACCCGCCUUCGGCUUCCUCGCCGGUGUUGUUGGCCUCAUGGCUCUCUUCUAA